AUGAAAUUAGCUGUUGUUUUGGUCGCUGUCGUCUUGGUAGUGAAUGUAGAAGGCUGGGGAUGGAGGGCUCCACGAAUUCGAAUACCACCUAUUCGUAUACCACGCAUCCCUAUACCACGUAUCCCAUUACCACGUUUACCACGUAUCCCUAUUCCAAGAAUACCAUGGGGUAAGAGAGAUGUACAACAAGCAGCUGCAGCUGAAGACGGUGUUUUGUCCGAUGAUGAACUAAAAUCCAUUCUUGGUGUCGCUGAUGAGGGUUUGGCUGAAGUUUAUGAAGUUUAUGAUGUUAACGAGGAUGGAGUAAUAACAGUUUCAGAAUUUGAAGCUGUGUCUUCUAUCCUUGAAAACAUGCAAGGCGAAGAAGAAGGACAAUAG